CACUACACACCCGCCAAAGGCAAUUUUAAUCUGUGAUGAGUUCGUUGACAGAGGAUCGCCGCCGGUGUAGGAAGUCGGCUCCUGUUAAAAAUGCAGUGUUUUUGGGAGCCAUUAAUAAAGGCCGUUCGCGCGCCAACCCUCUAACGGGCCAGAAGUAACAAAAUUUUUGUGAAUUUCAAGUGUUUUGAAGUCAGCUAGAUAACAGUGAAUUGAUCGUCGACGGCCAAAGCAACAAACUUAAGUUAGAUAGUGCUCGCAAAUUAAAUAAUGAAAGGAGAAGUCGGCCAUCUACUCAACGGGUCGAUACAACGGCAUCUGUACGGAUGUCUACACCUGUGCGGAACUGCGGAACCUCACCAAGAUACAGGACCCGACACAGAUCAAAGGAACAAAGCUGUGAUAACAACAUGUCGCGCAGUAUCAUAUCUUCGACUGGAAGCCGCAGGAGGUUUCAUCCUGAUUAUGACCCACUGAUUGAGAUCAGACGUGCACAAGAACGUCUCGAUCGUUAUCGAACCCAAGGGGACUGGAAGGUGGAUCUGCUCUUGUGUGAUGAUGCGGAUGAAGACUUGAACCGCUAUGAAGACAAAUUAAGACGCAGACUAUCAGAAAGGGGGGAAACAGAACCUAUUGAACUUGAAAGAAGGCAGAUGGAAUUACUGAGGAGACAGAAAGACAUUGAUAUGGGUAAAGUGACCGAACGUUACGCUGAGUAUGUGUUAAGCAUUCCGAAACCCGAACGUCAAAAGUACCAUCCUCGUACACCUAACAAGUUUCGUAAAGUUUCUCGUCGUGCGUGGGAUGGCAUGAUUCGAAAGUGGCGCAAGCACUUACACAACUUUGACGAUCUCAAUUUCGAAGAUACUUGGCGUUCAUUGUCAACUGCUGAUCUGUCAAGCAAUUUUUCUGGUUCAUCGUGGGUCUUAGAAAGUGCUACAUCUAGCGACACUGAAAAUCAAAAUCCAGAAGAAUGUCAAAUUUCUUUAGUGAAACGUGACCAACCGCUAUCCUGUUCGUUUCAAAGUCCUGAAGAUCUCGCAGCUUCACCAACCAUUAAAAUGUCAUAUAAUCAAAGGCAGUAUCGUAAAUAUGAUGAAGAUGACGACACUUUACAAUCGGUUCCAAAACAAUGUAAAGAGGUGAACCGUUUUCCAGCUGCUACAAUUAAGGAUGAAGAAGAGGACACUUUGACGGGACCUAUCAACACUAACGAAGGCCGUAGGAUUACGCGGCACUCCAAAACACCGUAUGGACCAUCUCCAGAUGCUUUACACAGUGGAUUAACAAAUGAUAUGCAGUCACUAGUUCCAGUUGGUCAGAAGCGAUCGUCACUUCAUCUCGGACAAAAUGUGGCGUCUAAGAAGACUGUAGAUAUUCGAAAUUUUGGAGACUUUCCUCAGUUGAAUGCAUCUAGUAUCGCUUCUCCAAAGAAACGCAGCAGACGUGAAAGUACAAAAUAGGAAGUUUGAAAAUCUACCUCUUUAAUGUCACUUUAUACCUCAGUGAUAUAUACACUUAAUGAGAGCCGUUUUUUAUUUGGCACUUUAAAUGAAGAACAUUGACUUUAUUGUUUGUUUGUUUGUUAUUCAUCUCUUAUGCACUUCUAUCAUGUUUUUUACAUGUGCCGCAUAUAGUCGUGUCUGUUCAAUAGACUGCUACUGCGAUUAGUUUUUUUGAGUUUAAAGAGAACUCAAUAUUUCUUUAAUGUAUUUUGAUAAUAAUUUCAGUCAUUCAGUGAUUGGUUAUUUUUGUAAUUUCUUAAUGAUUCUUAGACAACUAUAGACUUAGGACGUUUAAAAUUAUGUGUUUUCAAGUAUGUACCAUGAUGCAUGUUAUCUCAGUCAGUUAACUGUUUUUCGUAUGAAUAUAAGCUUUGGAGGUUUCGCUGUAA